AUGUAUGUAGGUGAAGUCUUUUCUCGCAAAUCAAUCCAACUUUUAUCCAUAGUAGAGGCCAACGUGAAGAAGGGUCCUUGGUCUCCUGAGGAGGACUCCAAGCUUAAGGAGUUCAUAGAGAAAUAUGGGACUGGUGGCAAUUGGAUUGCCCUCUCUCACAAGGUUGGGCUAAAGAGAUGCGGGAAGAGUUGCAGGCUGAGAUGGCUCAACUACCUGAGGCCUAACAUAAAGCAUGGAGAGUUCUCAGAUGACGAGGACAGGAUAAUAUGCAGCCUCUUUGCUAGUAUCGGAAGCAGGACAAUCAAGAGAAGAAGGACCCGGAGGUACUACAAGUGCCUCUCCUCCGGCAUGGCGCAGAGGUUCGACUCUGAGAGCAACUUCCAUGCCAACGGCCACAAGUUGCUGCCACCAGUAGUACCAGACAAGCUUGAAGGCUUCCAUGAAGACCACAAGAGACAUAGGCGGUAUCGGUCAAUGGAAGAGUUCUCUAGUGAUCUCUACUCGCCAGAGAAAUAUGGAGAUCAUCGUCCCCGUUUAGCUAAGGAUGUAAGACAAGGACAAAGAUUUACAAAUGACGAUCCUCAUGAUUAUGCUGAUGAAAAGAAUUUUGAAAUGGACGAUCUCUCAUGA